AUGGAGAUUUACGUUGGUACACCUCCUACCAAGCAGAUGGUGUUAUUAGACACCGGCUCCAGAAUGUCAUGGAUUCAGUGCCUCCCAUGUGAGCAUUGUUUCAAACAAAAUGAACUCAUAUUUAAUUCCAAUCGGUCAUCUUCAUAUCAAGUAUUGAGAUGUGAUUCUAGUGAGUGUCUGAAAUUAGGACACAAUCGGGAUUGUACUCGAUCCAAUGAAAAAUGUAAAUAUCGUAUAUCCUACAAAGACAAAUCAGGCAGCUCUGGGGAACUAGCCAAGGAAACUUAUACAGUAGGAGAGACUUCCAUCCCGAACAUGACUCACGGGUGUGGGCAUAAAAAUAGAGGGAAAUUUAUUGAGCAAAGCACCGGUAUGAUCGGGCUUGCAGAUGGGCCAAUCUCAUUCUUUGCUCAGACUCGAAAUUUGACUGGUGGGAAGUUUUCAUACUGUCUAGUAUCUCAGUUCGGUUGGAACCAAAAUGCAAGGAGCAGGAUUAGCUUCGGCAAAAAUGCGAUUGUGUCUGGGCCUGGAGUGAUAUCCACCCCGUUGUCAAAGAAGAAAGGCAGUCCAUACUAUUUUCUCACAUUGGAAUCAAUCAGCGUCGGAAAUAUUAUCAUUCCAUUCCGAAAGAGUAUAAUCCCAUUCAUAAGACGACCUGGUAACAUCAUAAUAGACUCGGGCACUACUAUAAACUAUUUUCCCUCGGACGUGUUACAAAAUUUGAAAACUGCACUAAUACGUGUAAUUGGUAAAACACCAAUUGCUACAAUUAAUGAACUUUGCUAUGAAACUAACACCGAUAUUCCUAAUAUCACCUUCCAUUUUGCUAGUAACGCUAAUUUAACUUUGUCAAAGAUGAACACUUUUACAGUAUAUGAUGGAUAUGCGUUGUGUCUGAAUAUGAAACAAGACGAUAGUAUAUCCAUAUUUGGAAACCGAUCACAAAUGAACUUCUUGGUGGGAUAUGAUAUUCCGAGUAAGAAGGUCUCUUUCAAAUCAACUAAUUGCUCAAGGUAUAUGAUAACAACAUAG